AAAUGUUAGUGAGGAUCUUUGGCAGUGGACGUUGACGGCUCCGUCAACAAAUGUGUUCGAAAUUACCAAGACGUCACUCAAAGAAUGAUUCAUUCUGAGAAUUUAUGUAUUAUCUCCGAAAUUCAAGAUGUCAGUAAAACACAUCGACUUCUUAAAGAUCAAACCUUCAAAACUUUUGGUGGUGGAAAUAAGGCCAGUAAGAUGUAUAAUUUACACCUCCUCAGGCUCCACUCGAACAGCUAAAUGGAUGAAUUUCUACCACUGGAAGGAAUUACGUAGCAUGAUAAAUGAUAUUGCUGAUGAGUAUGAGGAACAAAGAAAUAAACUUCAGGUCAUACAAGAUAUUAAAUGCAAUAAACCACUAAUUAAGAUUGGGACUACCAUUAAAAUUGGGUAUAUGUUUACAACAUUUCGUAAGUGUUCCUGCCACUACCUUACCCCAAGAGAAAAUGGCACUUGGACAGAUGAUGAGGAUGAUGAUGACAGCAUGGAACUAAUAGACAAAGGGGGAAGAUAUGACAGUUUUAUGCCGUGUGGUGAGAUGCUAGUAGUGAGUGUCACAUUACUGAAACCACUAGUUCUAAAUGAACUGGUGUCACAAGAGGACCCCAUUGAAAAUGUGACGCAAAAGCAGACUAAUGGAGAAGGAUCAAGGCAGGCAAGAUCAUCAAUGACCUCAUUACGGCAUGACCGACAGUUGUUGAAGGCACUUGAUAGUACUCUGACAUUUGCUAGUACAAUAUCAGAUUAUUUUGAGCCUAGUCAAAAAUUGUCUGGGGAAUCUUCUGCAAAUCAAGAAUGCCUUGGAAAUAAUGAACAAAAGACAUUAAAAAAGAUGGCCUCCAAGUCUAGAAGCAUGAAUAGAAAACGGAAAAUAAAAAACCAAUCAACGGCCAAAGAAAUUAAUUUGGAAAAUGAAAAUCCUAACAAGAGCCAAGUUAUGAAUUCGCAUGUUGACACACAGCCUGCUAAUAACUCCUUAGAUGUUCUUCAGGGUAAUAACUCUACACUCUUCAAAAAUAUUCAGCACUCUCUACAAAAUUCCUUAACAUGUAAGCCAAAGACUUCCUGGCCAGUCUUGGCAUCUGAUUCCGAUGAGGAUUCACACAUCAUCAAUCAUCAAACUGUAGUAGAUGGUUGUCAGACCCAUAGUGAUAUUCAAUAUGAGCAGUCUCAGUUGUCUGACUGGGGUCAUCUGAAUAAUGUGAACGGCAUUUCUAAUAAGAAUAAUCAAAUUAAAAAUUUAGAUGAAGAUUCGAAUGGUGGCUUACCAAACAUAAACUCAACCUUGUAUGUACGCCAACAAAGAAAUUCCAAAGUAAAGGAAAAAAAACUAAGUAAUAAUCAGAAUGACUGCUACCAGAGGGACGAUGAACAAGAUUUUUCCAAUUCUGACGAUAUUACUAGAUCUUAUAACCAGCCCUCAAAUAAACUUUUAACUUCAAGUGAUAAAAAAAAAAAAAUUAGAGACUAUAAGGAUAAGGCUUUGUAUUCUAAAAAAGAAAAUCAUAGAAACACAGUUAAGGGAGAGGCCAAUAUAAACUAUGCAGCCAGUCGUUCACCUAGUCCUGUCUUAGGUAUUUCAAAAGGAAAACUAAUAAAGAACCUCCCUAGUUAUGCUCAUUCAUUUUGCCCACAGGUAACGGAUCAAACUGAAGAAAUGGAGAAAAUCAAAGAUACUGCAUCUGAAGAUAGUACACAACAAGAACUCAGUAGUAGUAAUGAAGAGAAAGUAUCCAAUUCAAUGAAUUUGUAUAAGAGUCAGGAUUUACCUGAUUUGACACUUUCUGAUCCUGUUGUACCCAUGAAAGUUCCUCUUGGCCAUAUUCAAUCCACCAAAAGAGUUUCACACCAUGGAAAGUUACAAAAUAGCACAGAAAUCAUAAAGCCUCUUACAAAAUCAGAAAUGGAUGGAAAAGUUGCUAAAGUUAAGAAAAAUGAAAAGAAGAAGUUUUGUCAACUUUUUAAUAAAAUUAGUAAAACCAAGAAGAAUACAGACAUGGUGCUAGAAUCACAGGUAGAAACAUCAUCCCCAAGCAAGUCAGAAAUAUAUAGUGAGGCAGAAUAUGUUCCAGAGAAUACUAGUAAUAAAGACAGUCAGGGUUCUACAGACUGUCCACUACCAUAUGUACCUACUCCAAAACGUAAGCAUAAGAGUAACAACGAGGAUGAUAACGAUUCUGUUACUUAUCGGAGAAGUCAGCGUAUUAAAGAAAAUACUAAUAGGAGUAAUGAUUCAGUUUCCUUAGACUUAAAGCAUAAUGCUCAACCAUUAAAAAGAAGAACAGUACAUAAACAUAAACGUAAGGAUUUAAUUUCAGGCCACAAAAUUUCAUCACCUAAUCAUAAAUCAAAGACAGGACUUUUGACAGAAAAAACUCUAAAAUCUCUUGCUAACCUUGAAAAGUGCCGUAGAGAAAUAGAGAUGCGGGAGAAACUGUGUGUAGAUGAAACUAUACUUCAAAAAGAUAUAAGUAAUUUCUCUCAAGGUACUAAUAGUCUUAAUAUUUCACAUGAACCUAAAAGUGAUAAUGUGGUCAGGAAGUGUAAGAGUAAAUUGAAGUCAUGUGCUAACCCAAAAAAUCAACUUAAACUUACUGGGUGGAUAACAAAAGAGAUAAGGAAAGAGAAUAAAUUUAUUAAAGAUGCAACAAAGAAAACUUUGAAUAAAGAGCAUGUCAUUAAUUCUAAGACCAAGAGAUGUAAAAAAAACAAUUUUAAAACAAAAAUUAGAAGUGAUUCUUUUUCUAAAGUUAGUAAACUAAGCAAAAGUGAGAAAAAUGAAUGUAUCCUCAGUUGUGAAUCAGAAAAAAUAAAUGAUAGUAAUGUUGAAACAGGUUGCAGUAGUAAUACAAAUAAAUAUAGUGAACUAACCAGUUUUGAAACAGAAGCGUUUUAUUCAUCUCCAGUUACAGGUGUUUUUGAUAAAAUAAGUAGUCAAGAGCAGUGUAGUACAGACAGUGACCGAUGGUAUUCAAGUGGCUGCAAUUUUGAUAAAACACAGUGUAGUUAUAUAUUGAGAGGAAGAAACUCGAGGGAUAUACAUAGUAAAGUGGAUACUGCAGAUAUAGAACAAAAUAUGAUUGCACUGCUGUCUGAGGAGAAUAGCUCAUCUGAACCGCAGAAGAAACUCUGCCAUCAAGAUGAUUCUAUUUUUGUAACUCAUGAGGAAUACAAAAUCAAUGCCUCUCUUCAGUCAAUGAUUACCAGCUACAAUAGACUUCAACAGAUGACCAUAGAAGAAUUGGAAGACAGGCUUGAACAAGCAGUACCAUAUCUGACAAGAGUGACUAAAGGACAAGAGCUGAGUGAACGGCAUGAGAUCUUCAAGAGAGGUGGAAGAGAAUUACGGGAAAUGUCUGAUGAACUGAUUUACGGACCAUAUUCUGAAGAGCAAAUCAAUUAUGUUAUAAAUUAUCUCACAGAAAAAUUUGCAUAUAUACGGAAGGUUAUUGGUGAUGAAUACAGGGGUCGUCAGUACAUCUGGAAAGUCUUGGCUCCAACACUGUUGAUCAAGAUUGUUAUGGAGAAUGAAGAUAUCACACAAGAUAAUGCAGAAAAGCUACUAAUAGAAUUUUCUCUAAAUAGAAAUAUUACUAGUUGUAGCAGUCCUCCGAUUUAAUAACAUAAGAUUACACAUGUGUUACUGGAAUUCUCUUUACAGAACUACUUCCUCAUGAUAUGUGUUAUUGUCACCAAAUUAAAUGUGAUAUCCAAAUGUGGCUAUAAAAAUCUAAAUUAAAGGACGGUAAUUAUUGUUGGAAAAAGUUAAAUCAAGUUGUGCCUUUUGACCAAAUGGACAUGGUUGUGAUAUGCAAAUACUGUAUUAUGCCUGAUAUCCAGCAUAUUGGUUAAAUUUAAACAAGCUGUUUAUGAGAUACAUUUAAACAAUCAUAUUUUGUGAUUGUGUCAUGAAAGACUAGUGUUAUAACCAGAGUCUGCAGAAGACAGGCUGUAUGUAUGCAAACAAUGGAGAGAAAUUUACAGAGAAGUAUCCCAAAAUUUUGAGGUGGGAUCAAAUGAGGAACGCGAACAGAAUUAGGUAGGCCAUCAAAAUUUUAGUUACUGAUGAAAAGAUAAGUGCAGUAUAUCAUUUUUCUCAAUCUUCAUGCCUUUGUGCUGGUACGUAUUACAUUUAAGAUUCACUUGUUCUUCCUGUUCAAUAAACUAAAGUACAUGUUCUUCAGCCUCUUAGAUUCUAUAAUACUGUAUCUACAUUUUUUUUCUCUUUCUGCCUCUGCCUCAGUAAGUAAGUCUGAGUAAGAGUCUACCUCCUACAUUUCACUCCAUAGUUCAUUCCACUUACAGUAUUUACUACUGACACUGAAAAUCUUCUAACUCUUUGGCUCAUUUGGGUUCUAAGUUUCCACCUGUGUUGUUUGUGCAUACCCUUCUCAUUUAAAAUGUGUCUUGUCUAUCCUGUCAGUUUGUCUGAGUAUUCUCUAUAUUAUGAUCAAGUGUUUCCUGUUUCUUCUCUCUUGCAGUGAUGUGAGAUUUUCAUUAAGUCUUUCCUCAUAUCUCAAGCAUCUGAACUCAGGGACUAUUCUGGUGGCAUACCAGAAUCUCAAAAGCUUCCAAUAUCAGGUGUGUGAAAGAAAGAACUUGGUUAUAUAGCAGAAGAGAGCUUAUAGGUCAAUACGUUUUGAGGAAAUAAUUCCUAAUGAACAUUAUUUGUAUUGCUUGUAGCGAAAUAAUAAAGUCAGGAAAAUGGUAAGCAAACAACCUAUGUUAUAUCAGAUAAAAACUUUUCUGCAUAUUGCUAACUAUUAAAUUUUUAUCAAUAACUGUAAGGAAGCUUGCAGUAAUUAUUUAUAAUCUGUGAAUAGUUAUCACAUAUUACAACUAUAAUACGGUACUGCAAUUUAUUUUUGCUAGUGUCUGCCCCAUUCAGUACAGGAACACGCACGAAAACUAAUAGUAAUACUUCGUUAAUUUUAAACUCAUUUCCAUCUGCUAAACAGAAAAUAAAGAAUGUGGUUAUAGUUGCAUUCCUCAUCAGAAUGUCAGUAGAUGUGAAGUUUUUUAUUUUUGGGUAUGUAAAAUGUUUACUAGAGUAGGCUACAAAUUGUAUACACUUGGUUUUUGCUUUAAGUAGGUGUUGUCCAAACAGUGUUCUGUAUGGGUUAGGGCAUUGAAUGGGAAAUACCUUGAGUAACAACCAAUUUUUUCAUAUAUUGGAUUUUGUUAAAAACAUUUGUUUAAUUAUUUUAACAUGUAAAUACUUUGAAAAAAUUAUUAUAAAAGUUA